CAGGAAGCUCAUUCUAUAGCUAAACACUGGUGCAUGGCUCAUGUGUAUGUAAGAUUUCUGGAGGUUCUUUUUGUACAUUUCAUGUUAUUGAUUUGUUCCUCGGGUCAGAUGUGUACAUUACCACCUAUGUCAGACCUGGAGGGGAUAAGACAACCCGGAGAUAUCAUGAUAGGAGUAUUACUACCCAUUAACUCUGACAAGAUCUACCAAACACCCACAUUCAAUGUACAACCACCCAGGACCACCUGCAAACCUGACAACAGUAUAAGUUCUGUGAAGACUCCGGUGAGGAACUGCACCGGAAUGGAACAGCGAGAUGAAAGAAUUUACAGUUCUACAUUUGUCAAGAGUCUAUUAUAUACUUCUUAUAUGUACGCUUCUGUGCACACCGUGGCUAGAGCUUUAAAUGAUCUAAAAAUCUGCAAGCCAGGAGAGGGACCAUUUUAUAAUGGGACCUGUGCGAACCUCUGGAAUUUCAAACCAUGGCAGCUUACAUACUAUAUAAGGAAGGUCAAGUCAGCUUCGAACAAUGGAAAAGAAAACUACUUCGAUGAGAGUGAGGAUUCAACUGUCGCCUAUGGAAUCGUGAACUGGCAAAUGAAACCAGAUGGAACUGUGACGCAAGUUAAGAUUGGAAAAUUUAGUAUCUCAGGCCCCCCAGAUAAAGCCCUGGUCCUUAACUCAAGUCUGAUCUCAUGGCCUACUGGAGGUCAACAGGUCCCACGUUCUGUCUGUAGCGAGAGUUGUCCUCUGGGAUUUAGGAAGGCAGCUAUUCAGGGCCAACCUAUCUGCUGCUUUGAGUGUGUUCCUUGUCUACAAGAUGAGAUCAGCAAUCAGACAGAUUCCAUUAACUGUGUCAGGUGUCCAUGGGACCAGUGGCCGAAUUACGAAAAAUCCAGCUGUCUCCCAAAACCCUUUGACUUCCUGUCUUAUGAAGAUGUGUUAGGAGCCAUCUUAGCGGCAUCCAGCUUGAUUUCUUCCAUUGUUCCUCUUCUUAUUUUGAGGCUUUUUCUUAAAUACAGAAAUACCCCUAUUGUAAAAGCCAGUAAUUAUUCUCUAAGUUGUCUUUUGUUGAUGUCCCUUUGUCUCUGCUACUUCUCCUCCUUAGGGUUUAUAGGAUAUCCAGAGCACACCAGAUGUCUCCUGCGUCAGGUGACCUUUGGUCUGGUCUUCACUCUCUGUGUUGCUUGCAUUUUGGCCAAGACGAUCAUGGUUGUAUUUGCAUUCAUGGCCACCAAACCAGGAAGCAGUCUGAGAAAAUGGACGACAUUCAGGGUCUCCUAUACGAUUAUUUUCAUCUGUUGUCUGUUACAGUUCAUCCUGUGUGCCACCUGGUUGUCCAUUGCUCCGCCAUUUGCACAACAUAACACUGGCAUUAGACCUGAAAUCAUCAUUGUUGAUUGUAAUGAGGGAUCACCCAUCGCCUUCUGGACUAUGUUGGGUUAUCUCUUUCUUCUGGCCACCAUAAGUUUCAUUGUGGCAUUCCUGGCCCGAAGACUUCCAGACCGUUUCAAUGAAGCCCAGUAUAUUACAUUCAGCAUGUUGGCCUUCCUCAGUGUCUGGAUAUCUUACAUCCCAGCCUCCCUCAGUGCACAGGGCAGGUACACAGUGGCUAUGGAGAUCUUCGCCAUCUUAGCAUCCAGUUGGGCUUUAGUCAUAUGUAUGUUUCUUCCUAAAUGUAUUUUCAUAUUAUUCAUACCUAAGAUGAAUUCUAGGAACAAUAACAUACGAAAAACCAAGGAUAGCACCGUAUAUGUUCUAUGAAAUUCUUCAAGGUUAACUGUUGAUUCAAUAACAACAAUUAUUAGUUUUAAUACAAAUUUGAUACUGUAUUAUUAUUAAUAAAUAAUAAACUAAGAUUGUAUUUAUUUAUUAUUGAG